AUGUCUGCCACAACAGGUGAAUCACCACUUAAUUUAGAAAAAGAUAUUGAUCGAGCUAUCGUUCUUCUUGAUCGUCUUCGAACAACAAGUGAAAUACCUGAAACAAAAUUACUUGAAUUACAACGUAUAUUACAAAGUGAUUUUUUUCAUGCCGUUUUGGAAGUCUAUGAAAAAAUUUAUGAAACUGUUCAAAUAACCGGUUCACCAGAAGUUCGAGCUAAUGCAACUGCGAAAGCAACUGUUGCAGCUUUUGCUGCUAGUGAAGGUCAUUCACAUCCACGUGUCAUUGAAUUACCUAAAACACAAGAAGGUCUUGGAUUUAAUGUAAUGGGUGGACGUGAACAAAAUUCUCCUAUUUAUAUUUCACGUAUUAUUCCAAAUGGUGUUGCAUGGAAACAUGGCGGAUUAAAAAAAGGUGAUCAAUUAUUAUCCGUUAAUGGUGUAUCUGUUGAAAAUGAAUAUCAUGAAAAGGCAGUUGAUUUACUUAAACAAGCACAAGGAAGUGUCAAAUUAGUUGUACGUUAUUCACCACAAGUUUUAAUUGAAAUGGAAAAUCGUUUUGAAAAACAACGUACAGCACGUAAACCACCACCACCAACAUCAAUAACACCAACAAAUAAAUAA